AUGCCCUUCCUGACUGAACGCCAAAAAGCUGCAGAAUCCAUGCUUGAGGCAUAUCUUGCAGCACUUGUAGCAGAAUCCCAAGUCCUUGUCGAUCCUACCUCUUCUAGUUCUGAUUUGAGUUCUUCAGGAAGUUCUGACAGCUCAGAGUCAGAUGAUGACUGGCUGAUGCCUACAACCAGUGAUGUUUUACUUGGUGUGGUAGGCUCAUUAUACUCUCGGAGAUACCUUGUAGACAGGGAGCCAAUUGUCAAGACUGGCAAAAAUUUGUGCCUUCUCCUUGUGGAGUGGAAAUUUACACAACCUGAGAUUUUCAGAGCCUAUGUUCGGGUAACCCCUGAUUGCUUUGAUGUGCUUGUCUCUGCCCUGCAGGAUGAUCCAGUGUUCCAUAGCCACAUCAGCAAAACCCUGAUUUGGCUACAGCGCCACAGCCACACACGCUGUACAUGGGGGGACCUCGCUGUGACACUGUGA